AGGAACUUCCCGUGUCCUUGCACUCCGUUGGUACGAGGAAAAUCUCUCCAUUGUCGCUAGAAAGUAUGACUCUGAUUGUAAGGCGUCCGUCUCCCGGCCGACGGCCGGUUUGGUUUUGGCUCUGUGCGGCGUUUUGCUGGACCGUCAGUUGUACAACGGCUUUGAGCAGUGCCGUUGGCGGCGGCCCCUCGCGAGUUCUGGUUACUGGUGCAUCCGGCCGAACCGGUCAACUCGUGUUUGAGGCGCUCUUGAACAAUCCCGAAUUUGAACCCAAAGCGCUGGUGCGAUCGGAAAAGAGCGCGAAGGUCUUGCGCAAACGAAUACCAGCUACCCGUCUCGAUCAGAUUGUUGUUUGUGAUGUUACCAAAGAUUUGAACGUCACGCCUCCACCGGGACAAGAAGGCUGUGAAGCGAUGGUGAUUUGUACGUCCGCGGUUCCCAAAAUUAGCAAAGUUUCUUUGUUGAAGCAGUUUUUGAAGAUUCCGUUCAAUCUCCUGCGCGGCAAAAAAGCCGUGGACUUUCGGUCCAUGAAGUUUGUCUGGCAGAAUGGACAGUACCCUGAAAAGGUCGACUACGAAGGUCAGGUUGCGCAAAUUGAUCUCGCCAAAAAACUCGGUAUGAAGCAAGUUGUAGUGGUCAGUUCUAUGGGCGGCACGGAUCCGUCCAACUUUUUGAACUCUGUCGGUAAGAAUCCUGACGGUAGUGGAAAUGGUGAUAUACUCCUUUGGAAGCGCAAGGCAGAGCGUUACCUGGUCGAAUCAGGGUUAUUUUACACUGUUCUUCAUCCAGGUGGAUUGGUGGACAAACCUGCAGGGGGCGAGGAAUUCGUAUUGGAUGUGGACGACAAGCUCCUGGAAAACAAAAAACGCUCGAUUAGUAGAGCCGACGUUGCCAAUUUGUGCGUCGCGGCCUUGACGGUAGGAAAAGGACAGAAAAUUGCGUUGGAC